UUAAUUACAAAAGAACCUUGAAAAUGGCCGCGCCUCUAAUGUUAGGUUAUUUGAGAGAAAAAUCUGGUGUUUCUUCCCCUACAACUGAAGCAAUGGCUCCGACAGCUUCCGUCGCUUCAGAUGGCGAGGCUAAAUGGGAAUUCAGAUGUGACUUUGAAGUCGAUUAUGAGUCUGAGAAGAAAGCAUCGAUUGUCUAUAAUGCUCUAGCUGUCGAUAAAGAGUUGCAGCCAGACAAGGUGAAAAGGGAGAUGGCAGUUUCUGAUGGAAAACUUUCAGUACACUUUGAAGCAGUGGAAGCAAGAUUUCUGCGUGCAUCAUUCAGUGCUUUUGUAGAUGUGCUUACUCUUGCCACAAAAACAAUCGAGGAUUUCGGACAAGGAUUGGACUUGUGAUAGCAUAGCAGCUCUACUAUAUUCCUCAAAGAUCUAGAGUGUCAUAAUUUGCUUAGUGUAGCUGUGAUUUUAAUCAACAGCUAAUCUGUAAUUGUGUUAUUAUGAUUUGCAGUUUAACAAGUAUGAAGAUCUUCACUCUCCCAGUUGCUUAAUUGUCCAGGUUUUCCAUUAAUUCUAACAUGUUGAGGUCUAACAAGAUUACCGGACUCAUGUCGUACCAUAUCACUCCUUAUAUUUAGCCACAUUGUUUUGUGAUAUGUUAUUUUCGGACAA